UCUGAAAUUUAAUUUCUGAAAAACUGUCCCUUUCUGUUUUUCAAGUAUGCAUCUUUUUAGUAUUUUAAGCUAUGUUUGAAAAAUGCAAUAUUAAGUGGUUAUAUUUACAGCGAUAUUAGACAUUCAGUUGUUUUCUUCUAUUUCAGGCACUACAUAGGAGGGAAUUGAUGAAGCUUAAGUACUUCCAUGAUAAAACUACUACAAAUUUUAUGCAUCUUAUGCAGAAAAAAGAAAACUUCAGCCUAAUGAGCCAGGAGGAAAAAAUCCGUUCAGUUGCAAAAAAUCUUGAACAGCUAAUUGAUGAAGUUCCUUUGUUCCUGGUACGCGUCGAGGAGUUGAUGUCAGCAUUGGACGAGAAGGUCACAUGGAAGGAAUGGAAAUAUUUAUUUAAAUUAGGGACUUCUAAGGUGGCGUGGGGUUUAGGGAAGGUAGUGGGUCAUAAGCCAUCAUUAAAGGCAAUGAUAUCUCAAAUCUGUGAUAUGGUGCAUCGGGAACAGUUUAACUCGUCCUUGGUAGCCCUGGGGCUGUCUGACCCCCCUGCCACCACCACCACCACUACUACUACUACUUCUACAGCCAAUGGAGCAACAAGUGCAAUGCCAAAGAAGGUGAACCCGAAGACAAGCCCUGCCAAAUAUGCUCAGCUUAGUUCUGUGGAAUCUCUGUGUCAGUCUCCACUUGCCAGGGACAGCAGUUUGGCAGGAGGUGCAGUCAAAUUAUUACGUGAAGGAAGGGGCACUGACAUGAUAUUUGAAAUUAUAGUUGUUCAAGAAUCUGGGGAUGUAGUGGUGGACCAUACCCAUGGAGAACCAGUGUCAAGAACUGACCACUCCAAGGAAGUGGACAUCCAUGAAAUUCAGGCACACUGUGUAAUUAUUGCAGCUAGAUGUGACUGGUUCAGGAGAGCCUUACUUAGUGGCAUGAGAGAGUCUAUAGACAAGAAAAUUACAGUGCAUGACACCAAUCCAAGUCUGUUUAGACUUUUCCUAGAAUAUUUAUAUAGUGGGCAAUUAGAAACCAAUGAGAUGUCUACGGAACAGCUGGCAGACAUGAUGGCUAUUGGGGAUAGAUAUGAGGUAGACAGUUUAAAGUCCCUUUGUGAGAAUACACUAAAGCACCAUUUAGAUGAAGAUUCCUCACUGUUUCUUCUCAGCUUGGCAGAGCAAUACAAUGCAACAGCACUCAGGUCAUCAGCAUUAAAUUUUAUCACAGAGCAUCCCAAAGUGAUGGAGAGUGAGGUAUUUGAAGAGUUGCCAGAACACCUACAGUCAGAGGUGGCUGAUGCAGUUUUGUGGCAUGGGCUGGAUUCCAGAAGCCGCAGUUUAAGUGGUCAUUCCCAUACAGAGACACCACCCUCAUCUGUGUCAGGGUUAUCCCACACAGAGAGACUUAUGGCACAACUAGAUAUUGAUUCAGAGGAUGAUAAGACCAAUUCCAGCUCCUCAGAAGAGAUGAACUAUGUGGAGGACAGUGGGAGACUUGAUGCAUGCCUGGAGUCUCUAAGAGACAUUGUUGGGGACGGGGUGCCCAGAGAAGAACUUGUGAGAGUUGCACUGGCUGCAGAUUAUGAUGUCAAUAGAGCACUUAACUUCUUUUUCUCUGCAUGACUUUGACAGAGAAGGGCAGCUUUUGUAUAUCUCUUUCUACUUUGACAUGAGUUGUUUAUUAAAGUCAAGAUAAAAUGGUUCAUUCCAAGAGUUAAAAGGAAGCCCAAGAGAAACUGAUUAAAACUGCAUAUUUCAUCCAUCCAUUUUUUACAGUAGAGUGGUGAUUGUGCAUAAUGCCAGUGCAUGCACCUGUCUGCAUUACUAUCUGGAAAUUAUGUGGAUUCAGUAUCACUUUUUUGGUAACAACAGAAUGAAAGUCACAAGAUUGCCAGUGAAGAAUUAUUGUCCCCAUAGACUAAUCUCAAUGGGCACCACAAAGUAUACACACUUCAGAUGAACCACCAACACACUCAAACUUAGAACCCUAACUUUACACGGAAUAGAUUUUCAAGAUUGAUGGUCUGUAGAUUGGAAAGCUUUAGCCAACAUUUUGGUUUUGUGGGAUCUGCCCCAGUUUUAGCAUGUGUAUAUCCAAAGAAAAGAAUCUGCAGUCAUGUUUCAUAUGAACACUUCAAAUGUUGCAGCUGGGGAUAAAGCAGUUAUUUUGUCAUCUGCCUUUAUUUUAAUAUGCAAAUAUGAAGAGGAAACCCCAAUUCUUUUGAACGAUUUAAAAUAAUGAUUUUGGAGAAAAAAUGAGAAUGAUAAAACCUUUGCUUGUCAUUCUUGCUUUAUAUUUGGAAUUAUGCUUUGAUUUAUUUGAAAAUGAUAUGUGGAUAUAAUGUAGCAGGUUUUGAUUAGUGGUGCAGAGUACGUGCUAUGAAGGAGGUCAUGCACUUGUUAAAUAUUUUGCACUCACGGCUUGUAAUAAAUUUGAUAUUUUUA